CCCACAGUCAACAAGUCAAAACCCUCAAGGUGAAAACUGAACCGGAAGAGGGGUGUAUUUUAAAUGCAAUGAGUUCCCAAUCCACACACAGUGAAAGCGGGUAGAAAAGAAGCCAGUGGAGUGAGUGGUGUAGGUGUUAGUUCAUUGUAAUGAGAAUCCCCCCUGCAGCCCGGUUGAGUCAGAGAUCAUCUAUUAUUGCCUGAAGAACCAUGUGUCACAAUGGAAGAGGCGUCAGCGAUCAAAAACAUGAAUGCAUCCCACAACUGCAGGGCUCGGCCAUAAUACCUAGAACUGUCUGUUUAUGUAAGUUGAUGUUUAUGCAAUGGAAAGGACAGGACUGGGCUGAGUUGGGUGGCAGGACGACCGUAGACCUACCUUGUUUAAUGAUCCCAAUUUAGGCAACAUUAGAAAUCUGGCGGCAAGAUGUUAUGAAUAUUUAGUUUUAGAUGUGUUUUAUACUAUUCAGUGUAAUCGAAACAGAACAACACUCCUGCUAAGCCCGUUUUACCUGCUGGCGGACGAGCUCUGUGCGAGUCAGCCAUAAUUACUGAACAUAUUCCUGUUGUUGGAAUAUGUGAAAACCAAUGUCCUGUUGGCAUUCCAAUACGGAGUAUUAUUGGAUUGACUGUACUUUGGCUAUCAGUUUGCAUGGCAACAAAAUCCUAUUUAAGCCCCACUGGAUAUUUGUAAAAGCCAGUAUAACAGUGUUUCUACCAUUGCAUCCAGUUCGCAUAAAGAAAAGUCCUGCAAAUUUCAUUUUUACCAUCACUGUCUGUUGUGUAAACUCAAGUAAACUACUGAGCUUGGACACUUGUGUUUGUUGGUGUAUUUUCUAGACUUAAUUUCUGCAUUUCUAUCCAUCAGCAGUGUGACAACAAUGGACAACAUUUACAGUAAAUAAAGUAUUCUGGGGCAACACGAUGGCGGAGAAGAGGUAGCAUGUCAGCCUCACAGUUGAGAGGAUUCAAAUCUCGGUCUGUCUCUCAUCUUCUCCGUUCUGGCCUCCCUCUGUGGAAUUUGCCUGUUCUCGAGAUUUACGACUAGAGAGAGGCUUCGUGGACUGCCUCUCGUCAUCUCGCUGGGAAGUGUAUACGUAACAGCAGCUGGAUCAAGCCGACGAGAGAAUGUGUAACAGUGGGCUGAAUCUCACCAGCAAGUAUGUGCAUUCCGGAUUGGCGGGCUGGCUCUUGUGAUCUUACCGACAAGUGUGUGUGUAACAAUGGGCUGGAUCUUGACGGCGAGUGUGCACAUUCUGACGGGCGUUUGCCUGUCUCCUUUCCAGCAUCGCUUGGAAGGCUGGCGAGUCCGCGCUUAGACCGCCGUCUAGCUUCUGCUUCCAACCGCGGAUCCCGGAGUGUGGAGAAAAAGACAAUAAAAUGCAUUUUAACACAUUGUUACUCGUGGAGGCAACAGUUCAUACACUACACUGUAUGUAUGUGGUGCACGGACACAUUACCAAACAAAACAGAUGAUGAAGGUUGCUUGAAAGUGGCUCUGGAUCCUCGCGAGUGGAGAACCUAGGUCUGGGGGGCAGUUAUUAUGUAAAUUAACCUUAGGUAACAGUGGAGCGGAAGUGGAGGAUGGCUAAUUCAUUGACACAUUUUGGAAAUAAGCAUAUACUGUAACAAAAGAUUUACGUGGUUGUUUAAUUACAAUUUUAAUGUAUUGGCAGCCAUUCCUGAGAUCCAAUUGUUUGUAUGCUUGGAAUUAAAAAGUCAUUUUUUUCAUUAUACAGUAUGGUGGCGCCUUGAGUUAUGAGUGCCCUAACUUACUAGUUUUUUUAGGUAUGAGCCGCCAAUGUUUUGCUUUGUGUUUCAAGGCAGAUUUUGAGUUAUGGGCAAGCUUCAGAUAGGCUGCCACAUGAGUAAAGAAAACAAAAACAAAAGCAACCGUCGCAGAUGCUCUUUCAGCUGUUCAUUGAACAGAACACGCAAGUACAAAAACAAUCACACGAAGCAUGCAGCAAACACUACCUCGGGCAGCCGUGGCCCAAUGGUUACGAUCGUUGCCUGCCACCGUGGGGGACCUGGGUUCAAAACCCUGACUGGACCAUCUGCCAACAUCCCCUGGACUCACGGCUGCGGUGUCCUUGAGCAAGACACUGAUACCCUGAAAUGCUCCCUGGGUGCUUCAGCUGCCCCCUGCUCCAGUGUGUUCCACUAAUGUGUAUGUGUUCACUGUGAUGGGUUAAAUGCAGAGAACAAAUUUCAUGUGCAUGUUCAUGACAAUAAAAGAUUCUUCUUCUUCUCCCACUGAUCCGUGUAGUAGUCAGAGCACCUUGCUGUCACCUACUAGGCCAAUCCCCUUAAGGGCACAUCACACAAAUACGAGUGCGUGUGUGUGACUUUUGCCUUAAUCACACUUUAUAAAACCAGUUUAUUUCUUUAAAUUCUCUUUUUAUUGGUUUUAAACACAGAAGACAAGACAGAAAUAUCACAUAACCAAGCGAUGACGUUGCCGAAGGAACUGGAGGUGGGAGUGUUGUAGAAAGGCGAUGCCGUGAAAUAAAGAACCCAAUUAUCCAACAUACGACAUCAGUGGCCAUGCCUCCCACAACCCCAUACGCCGGAAAGUUCAGCAACUGUGGCCUUUACAGUGGCAACAAUAACAACUACCAGCAGCCACACAGCCCGUACCGCCACUGCGCCUCUGCAAAGACCACCAAGGAAAGUGUCUACAAUGGCGCGUACUCUCUGGCAGAGAACCCAUAUGACAUACCGCACGCUCACAGCGUGUAUUGCGGUGUUCCCGUGGACUCCGUGAGCACUAAAGAACGUCAUUACAGCAGCAAGAGUGCCGUUUCGGACAACCUGUACUCCAGCACGCAGCCUCACAGCCCGCGCCAGCACACCACGACCUGUCCCGCACGAGUGCACCGUCAAACCAGCACCAGCAGCGGCAGCGAACAGUCCUGUCGGAGCAGCGCCGCGGCCAAAAGUCGGCUUAACAUACACGGGGUCACCGCCAGCUAUGGGGAAAUGUGUUACCACGACAACAGUUUGGUUUCAGCAUCUCUGGAGGCACUGAUUCAACACUUGGUCCCUACCGUGGACUACUACCCUGAUAGGUCGUACGUUUUCACCUUCCUGCUGAGCUCACGCCUCUUCCUGCACCCCUACGAGCUCAUGACCAGAGUUUGUCACCUGUGUGUGGAGCAGCAGCGGUCGGGAGACACCCUGCUGGAUAAGAUCCGUUUCCGUGAAGUGGCGCCAAAGCUGGUGCAGCUGCUGACCGAGUGGACCGAGACCUUCCCGUACGACUUCAGGGACGAGCGGAUGAUGCGUUGUCUCAAGGACAUGACGCAUCACGUGGCCAGAGGGGACGAGUACUCUUGGCGGGCCAUGCAGCAGAUGACCCAGCGCCUAAUAAAACGCCUGUCUGCCCUCGGCCAAUACGAGGAAGCGGUAGCUGCGUUAAGUGCAGUAGCGACCGAGCGCCCCGUCUCCCUAAAGAGCAAAAGGGAAUCGGUGCCAAGAAGCGACGUUCUGAGCGUGUGCGAUGACCCCUUCGUCCUUGCUCAACAGCUGACACACAUUGAACUGGACAGGCUGAGUUUUAUCGGACCUGAGGAGUUUAUCCAGACCUUCGCCUUGAAGGACCCCCUAGAGAACCAUAAGGGUUUCUUCAGAAAGCGCAAGACCAGCAAUCUGGAGGCGUACGUGAACUGGUUCAACAGACUGAGUUACCUUGUGGCCACUGAAAUCUGUAUGCCGGUGAAGAAGAAACACAGGGCGCGCAUCAUCGAGUUCUUCAUCGAUGUGGCGCAGGAGUGUUUUAACAUUGGCAACUUUAACUCCCUCAUGGCCAUCAUCACUGGGAUGAACAUGAGUCCCGUUGCCAGACUGAAAAAGACUUGGAGUAAAGUCAACACUGACAAGUUUGAAAUUCUCGAGCACCAGAUGGACCCAUCCAGCAACUUCAGCAACUAUCGCACUGCGCUCCGCGGCGCCACCCAGAGAUCCGAGACUGCACACAGCGUCCAGGAGAAGAUUGUGAUUCCUUUCUUCAGCCUGCUCAUUAAAGACAUUUACUUCCUGAAUGAAGGCUGUGCCAGCAGGCUGCCCAACGGACACAUCAACUUUGAGAAACUUUGGGAGCUGGCGAAGCAGGUGAGCGAGUUCCUGGUGUGGCGUCAGGUGAUCUGCCCGUUCGACAGAGAUCGCAGAAUCCUCCAAUAUCUUGUCACCACGCCGGUCUUUGCCGAAGACGAGUUACAUCUUGCCUCUUACGAGAGCGAAGGGCCGGAGAACAACAUGGAGAAGGACAGUCGUCGAUCUCUCCGAUCCUCCCUGUUGCAUCGAGAGAAUCGAUCAUGAGGACAAUUUUGUCCACUCUGCAGGGUGUAAAUAAACAUGUCAAAUAGCAUGUUAAAGCUACAUGGCCAUACAUGCAUACAGAGUGUACAUUCCCUAGGCCAGACCUGGAACAGCUAAUUCUGCAUUUUCUCAAAUCAGCAGUUUAGCAUACAGACUUUAAUAACUAUAACCUGAUCGUAGUUACAGUAUAUGUGACUAGAGCUCUCUGAUGCUGAGGAAUUUGUUCCUGCGUGUUUCCAUGACCUCGUCUUUUUUUCAAUUGGAUCAUCACUUUUGUCUGAGGCACUUUGUUGGAAAAGUUGGGCGGACCUCGCUUAUUUCUAUCGUUGUGGAAAGAAAUGUGUCCAGCAAUCACUUAUGAUAACACUCCAGCCACAUACUGCGAAAGGAGGAAACACUCAAGGACCAAACUGUUUUUAUUGCAACACAAUGGAGGCCGGGAAGUGGACAUUCUGCCUUUUCGUCUUGUUGAGUGCUUCAAUUCUAACGGCAACAAUGAAAUAUGGCUCGAACAUGAACUCCUUUGUGGCACUUUGACUUAUGUUUUGGUGAACCAGUUGUGUAAUGUCAUACAAGCUAAACGAUGCACUUCAUCUUCAUCUGUUUUCUUACUGGACUUUAUGCCUCUUUAUUCCUACAGUAUUAAGUUGUAUUUUGUAUCAGCACCUAUAUUGAAUGUUUAUUUCUUAAUGUAGUGACCAUGCUGGUUUGCCUUUUUUUUUUUUUUUAAAUUUUUUUAAUUAUUUUUUUUUUUAAAUUCACACACACCAGCUAAGCUUUGACAGAAUUGUGUUGACUUUAAUGGAGCACAGCUUUAACACAGAUAUGAAACAAGUCAUCCUCAAUGUCUCUUUUUGUGAUAAGUGGACAUCUGUAACAGUUUGUUUGUACAUUAAAAAAAAAAAGCUCAUUUUAUGUUAUAAAUGUUUUAUAAAGUGUUUUUCAUGUGCUUUGUUCAAACUUUACUGUGUAUUACGUGUUUCUUGGUACUUGUACUGAAGCCUUUGUGAAAAGACAAUUAUAUAUAUUUUUUCUUCCAAAUAAAUAAAGUAAGACACUA